AUGCCUCACACCAAGUCAAGGCCGCACGCUAGGAAGGGGACCGCGAUCCACGUCUCGAUCCCAGCUUCGCCCAUGCCCGGCUUGCCAGGCCAGCAUCUGGACGCUGCCUCAGACCUAUGUUAUGUAAACGCUGGGAAUACAGACGUUUCGAAUGGAGGGGAUGCAACAAAGGUUCAUAUGGGGUCGCAGCAACGCAUCUGGCUGAGUGUAGAAGUGCGACAACACGUGACGCAUAUUUCAUCCUCACCUGCACAAGCCAAAGCGGAGCGACAAAAACACUUCGGUGCCACAAAUUUCUCUCAGUCGGAGCGUCAAAUGCGAACAAAAGAGAAGCCUCGUCGAGCGGAGUCGGAAACUUGUUUGCAGAACGAUGGAUUCUCAUCUCUAGGCAACAACCGGAUCUGCACAAAGUAUGCUAUAUCUCGUCACUGUGUGCUGCCUCACCUCUUCCCUCACAACAAGUAUCCCGACGGAAUUGCAUACCUACUCAGACCAAUCUCCCGACUUGAUUCGAUUGAGAGGUCGACUGGUUUGCAUCAGCUUCACGAAGGUACAGCCGCGAAUAGCGAAGAGCGAAGAGGAUGCCUCUUGCACGAGAUGGAACAGAUCUUAGCGAACCAGCGCUGUGUCAGCCCAUGCUCGCGUAACUCGAGCUCUGCUCGUCUCGUUUUGGCUUCGACCUGGCUGUACAUCCUACGAACACGAGAGACUUGGAUCGCCAGCCGUCCAAGUCAAGAUGGCCCCUUCUGUCAAGGUCGCAUUCAGAGGAACGGCGCAAUGGACGAUCCUCACAUGGACAAUGCCAACCCCGGGAAGAACUUUUGGCGAGCUCAAUUCCAGAGAGCGUUCGAUUCGCUUGUUCAGUUUUGGUAUGAAGCUCGCUUAGGUCUCUUCCUUACCACCCUCUCUUGCACAAGCGAAGUGGCGAGAUUGCGGAGAGUAGAUGCUGAGGCGCUGCUGUAUGGCAUUUCCUCUACCCUCGCCGAGCUUAUGUUGCCCGAACAGCCGAGCACCAGGACGCCACUUUCAAAUCAGAGCAUCGUGCAGACUCGGAAGGACCACAGGAAGCUUAAGCUGAACUAUCGUCAAGGUGGUCCAUCAGCAUUCAACAAGAAGAGGGAAGGAAUGUGUUCCCACGCCUCCAACGUCGGACAAGAAGCUUCCUACGACCGAAAAGGCGCUCUUCAGUGCGGACCGACCGAAACGGAAAGCAGCAGGCAAAAAGCAGAACCCGACUUUGGCUUGGGAUCGCAUCUCACUGAUCUCUAUGUGCCACGAAGCACUGGAGUCGCAAAAGCUCGAAAGAAGGCACAAGACAGCAAUUCGGUGAGCGAUGAGAUGCAACUGUAUGCAAAGCCACGCGAUCAUCCUUUUUCGAAGCUAGUGUCAGAUGCACACAGAUUUGAGAUAUAUGAGAUCGACUUCUGCUCGAGAAGAGGCGUUCCCAUGCAGGGGCUUGAGUAA